CUUUGCAGACACACGGUCGGCGGCGUCUCCUGACUGAGGCAGCAGCGUGGUGACCGUGUCCAGGCCUCACCCUCACCCACCAAGAGCCGUGGGGAUAGUCUUCGGGGCUCUCACCUCCGCCCCUGCUCUCCGCCCUUCACGCCCCCUCCACCCCUUCCCAUUAGCAGUUCCCUCUCCUCGCCUCCUCUCCGCCCGCCAUUGUGGAAGUAACCUUUCGUUUUGCGGCUCCCACACCCUGACGAAGCACAGCGAGGAGCUCACACUGGUACCCUCGAGGAGCUGGAGCAUCCAUGAUCCGUGGAGACCCUUGCCAUGAGCGGCUGUGAGGGCGUUGCGUCGGUGCCAGCUGCCGUGCGGGGAGGACGACUGACGCGGAGUGCCCUGCCUCUCGCCCGGCCACUUUAAGAGCAGCCCCACGCCAGGCCGCCCUUCCUGAGCCCCUCGAGGAUGGAUGGUGGUGACGAGGGCGACAUCGAGCAAGAUUCGUCCCUGGUCAGCAGCCGUGCCGCCGCCCUGCAGGCGCCCCCGUCACUGUGACCUCCGUGCCGCCUGACUUGUCCUCCUGGCGCAGUCUCGCCCCGCCCUGGCCGCCGCCGACGCCCCGCCUCCAGCAGGAACGUGAAGUGGAUGGUCACCUUUGAGGGACAGGAGCCAGUCAGUUCCAAGGCCACGGGUCCUCAGCCAUUCAUCACUGUGGCGUAAGAACACUGAUGACGUUUACUUUAUAGUUCUGAAAGACACGGAACGUGAAAGUGUAUGUGUGUGCUUGCGUGUGUGCGCGUGUGUGCGGUGAUCGUGUGCGGGCAGCGCGCCGGCGGCGUGUGCUCCAGGCUGUGACGCGCGGGAGGGCGGGGGCCGCACGCGCCCACGCUGAUGUAUUCUCGGCCGCGACGCCCCAGCGAGCUGCACAGGCACCCCCGAGGCUCAUAUAUUUGAUAUAUAGCAAAUAUAGAAUAUAAAUAUAUAAAUAUAUUAACACAUAAGCAUAUAAAUAUAUGAAGAUAUAGAUAUAUAUUAUGUAUAGAUAGAUUGCCAUAUCAGAUUUAUUCCUAUUUUCAUAGCAAAUUUAUUAAAGGAGCGUCGCGUCAUACCUCCCACCAGCACGCGGUAAUCGUAAGCGACGCGACCCCAGACACGCCCACGCCCACACACUCCUGUUCAUAUAUUUUUGACCGGCCGGGCACCGCUGGCGUGCACCAUUACCGCGGCGACGCGUGAGGUCAGCCGCCAGAGGCCGCGCCCACACCUUCCCCGCAGCCUUUGCAACGACUUGUUCCAGCAAGGUGCGGUGAGGACAGCAGCGACGGGCCUUCCUCAAAGGACCCGGACUGGUCUGGAGGCGUCAAGUCCUCGUCUCGUCGGGCCCCGCUGGGCCACACACCCGCCGCGGGCCGCUGGAGGCGCGGCAGCACACACCCGCUGACCUGCACACCCACCCUUGCUCCGAGUCACCAACCACGACGCCAAGAAAAGCACUGCUCUGAGAAUAAAGAAAUUAGAUGAACUGCUUCAUGAAAUGCACGUUAUACCAAUAAGAAAGUGCAGUCCCCUUCCGAGGUGACGCACACACACACACACCGAGGCGUGAGGGAAGGGAAGAGAGUGGAGCAGCGUCACCCCCUGACUGACUGUGAUAUUCGAGGUGUAAGUUACCCUGAGCAGCGGCCGAGGCUGUGUGCCACACACGCAACACACACCCUAACACAAGACUGAGCUUAUCCUUUUGACUGUGAUUCGCGAGCCUUCCAUCAAAUUUAUAAAAGAUAUAAUUGCUUUGUUCCCUGUAUCGUACACAGUAUCAUAUUGACCGUGCCUGAUUUACCACGAAGAGACGUUCGCCUAUAAUAUAAAUAUUACUGUAGCAUGCGUUAAAUCAUGAGUCUCCCCUUUUAAAAGGAGGAUAUCUUCGUUUUCUCUGUAACGAAAUUAGACUAACUAAAGUAAUAUAAUUUCCUAAGUAGUACUAUUACGAUAUUCAAUGUAAAAAAACAAAACAGAAACGUUAUAUUGGUUGCUAUUGAAUGUUUUGAUGUGCUAGCGUCAGACACGUUAGUGAUAGGACGAACGGCCUCGCCUGUACGGGGCGGCGCCAGCUGAAGCAAACACAAACACACACACACACUCGUCGAACCUCGCCUCGUCGCCAACUUACCCGCAAGGGCGCCCCCGACGCCCGUCAGGAGGCCCGGGACACCGCUGGGGCGUGGGCACCCUCUCCCUGAGGCCACGCCGCGCCGUCCUUGGUCCCUGGCAAGGUGGACGACGGCAGGGUGGAGAGAGAGGUGGAGGGAGGAGGGAGGACGCUGGAAGACCCGUUCACUGGAGGCAAGAGGAGCGACCUGAAGAAGGAGGAGGGCGGAGGCAAGGGCCGCGCGGUGAGGGGUCGGCGGGAGGAGCUGGUGUGGAUGUCGGGCAUGGUGGCGCGGGGCAUGAUUCGGCAGUCCAGCCUCACCAGGCUGGGCCUGAUGAUCAACACUGCAGUCACGGGCGUCGUCACCACCACCACCAACAACAGGAAAGGCAAUGGAGACAUCCAAUGGUGCUUCUCUCAAGUCAAAGGGACGCUCGACGAUGACGUUAGUGAAGCUGACAUCAUCUCGUGUGUGGAGUUCAACCAUGAUGGGGACCUGCUGGCCACGGGGGACAAGGGUGGCCGGGUGGUCAUAUUUCAGCGGGACCCGUCGUCAAAAAACUGCCACCCUCGCCGGGGCGAGUACAAUGUCUACAGCACCUUCCAGAGUCAUGAACCUGAAUUUGACUACCUUAAGUCUUUAGAAAUUGAAGAAAAAAUCAAUAAAAUAAGAUGGCUCAAGAGGAAAAACCCAGCACACUUCUUACUCUCUACUAAUGAUAAAACCAUUAAGCUAUGGAAAGUGUCAGAGAGAGACAAACGAGCAGAAGGCUACAACCUGCGUGAUGAGUCCGGCCAAAUCAGGGACCCCACUUCACUUACUGCUUUACGGGUACCUGUAUUAAAACCAAUGGAAUUGAUGGUUGAAGCUUCCCCUAGGAGAAUUUUUGCCAAUGCACACACGUAUCACAUCAACUCUAUCUCAAUCAACUCAGACCAGGAGACUUACCUGUCUGCGGAUGACCUUCGCAUCAACUUGUGGCACAUGGAGGUCACUGAUCAGUCCUUUAACAUAGUAGACAUCAAGCCCACCAACAUGGAGGAGCUCACAGAGGUUAUCACUGCAGCGGAGUUUCACCCUCACGACUGUAAUGUAUUUGUCUACUCCAGCAGUAAAGGAACCAUAAGGCUCUGUGACAUGCGACAAGCAGCCCUCUGUGAUAGUCAUUCUAAGUUGUUUGAAGAGCCAGAAGACCCAACCAAUCGAAGUUUCUUCAGUGAGAUCAUCUCCUCCAUUAGUGAUGUCAAGUUUUCCAACAGUGGUCGCUACAUGAUAUCAAGAGACUAUCUCUCAGUAAAAGUGUGGGACUUGCACAUGGAAACCAAACCAAUUGAGACCUAUCCUGUGCACGAAUACCUACGCCCCAAACUGUGCUCACUGUAUGAGAAUGAUUGUAUUUUUGACAAGUUUGAAUGUUGUUGGAGUGGCAAUGACUCCGCAAUCAUGACUGGCUCAUAUAACAACUUCUUCCGAAUGUUUGAUAGAACUUCAAAACGGGAUGUUACAUUAGAAGCCUCUAGGGAAACUGCCAAGCCCAGAUAUUUACUUAAACCCAGAAAGGUGUGCACAGCGGGCAAGAGAAAGAAAGAUGAAAUCAGUGUAGAUUGCCUUGAUUUCAAUAAGAAAAUUCUUCACACAGCCUGGCACCCACAUGAAAAUAUAAUAGCUGUUGCUGCCACUAACAACCUUUACAUAUUCCAAGAUAAAUUUUAGCAGUCCUCUUCUGAUGACUAGAGCUUAGGCCCUGCCAUAGAUGGAUGUUUGGGCAGUGAUGCCAGGUGUGUGGAGGAAGGCUCUUAGUGGCCCUUGUUCCUCCCGUAUGACCUCACCCAAGUGUUGACAUCCGCUGCUGGAAGCCUUUAACUCAUGCUGGCUGCACUUGGCAUCUGUAUAUCAAGUUGUGGCUCCUGUCUUGGGUUGCUUCCAAAACAAUGGUGGUCCCAAGUGUGUGAACCAGUGGCAACCGUAAAGUCCUGGACAGUAGUGCUGGAAUCCCCAAAUGAAAUGUCCAAUGGCCAAGGCUUGGAUUACAUGUGAUUCUUGAAAAUCCAUGUGGGUGUCCCACCCUUGUGAUCAUUUAUCUGUGUUUCACCCUCUGAUCAUCUGUUGAGAAGUGUUAACAUUAGUUGCCUUCUCAAGGCUAAUAAAAAGAAAAUAUGAGUUAUGGCUGACUAGGUGAAUCCAGUUAUGAAUGAUUAGGAGUUUGCCAUGUUAUUAUCAAUAGAUUAGUGGCUUGAAAUAAAAAAAAAAUAUUGACUGCAGAGCCCAAAUUACUUUCUCUGAUGCCUGGCUUUCAGACAAAUCAUUGUGUCUUUUGCCAAAUUGAGCUGUGACAGGUGACUUGAAUUACAUAAGGGAAUAAGGUAUAUGACAUAGCUACUCCUGGGAUAGAACGGUUGAUUUUAUACAUGUGGGAAGAACAUGGUUGUAAAUCCUAUCCUAACAUGUCCAGAGGGUUUAGUGUUGUCAUACCCUGUGUGCCCAUCUACUGAGUAGUAUAUCUCACAGGAUUAAGUUAAUGUGCUCAUAGCUUCUACAAAUCCACUCCCAGCUGUCAGAAAAUGCAGCAUUAUUACAGUUUUUUAAGCUUAGAUGGUGCAUUUUUUGUUCAGACCUUAUUUUCUUAACUCGGUUAAAGGUGAGAAAUACUACAGCUGGAUGUUCUCCACAAUGGGCUCCUCUCCAUGAAGGGAAGUGCUGGCACUCUUGCACACACUUCUCACCCCUGCUUUCUCUCAUCAUUUUAAGAUGCUGCAAAAUUUGUCAAAAGAUUAUUAUUUCUAGUAUUUACUGUCAACUGCUGUAUACUUUUCCAAUUAGUUCCAUGGAAUAAAUUAUAUUUCAGUAGGCAAGAUGUGUUUUUAUGCAAUUCAGUACUCAGUCCAUUGGAAUCAAAAUAUUUUCAUGGUUUUGGGGUAAUAAUUUUGUAUUCUUAUCUGUACAUUAAUAUUUAAUUAGUAUGUGGUCAUGCAGUAUUUUAAUGAGCUGUUGAGUAAUAACUGACUCAACAUUUUUUACUGGUAAUUUUUUUGUGUAAAAUGCAAUAUAUACAUGAUGAAAUAGAUAAAUUGGAAGUGUUGGACCGUAACUCAACCUUGGUUUAUGUAAUGUGCUCUCUUGACAUGUCUGAACAAACCCAAUGUAACGAAGAGACAAAGUACUAAAGGUGUGGCACUUUUAUCAUCGUGUGCAUUGCUGUGACUUUGGGACCCCAUCAGUAGCAAACUAUUAAAAAUCUUUAUAUAAUGCUUUCCUCCAUGAAACCUGACACAUACAUCAUUUCAUAAUUGAAAAUAUAGGUUAAUUUAUCGUUUGAAAUUCUGUAUAGGAUGUUAUGCUGGUGGGCAGAAAUGUACUUUUAUUUAUUUUGUUAAAAAUAAAACAGGUAGAACAGA